AUGGGACCUAGAGAAUGGUGCACAGAUAGGAGAGCGGUGGUUCUCUAGGAGGAACACGAUAAUGUGGAGCAUAGUAUUGUCUCCAGAUGGCAAGACAAUUGCAAGUACAUCCACAGACGCUUAUAAAGUGAGGUAUUGGGACGUCGAGACGAGGGAGGUGGUUAUUACCGCACUAUUGCAAGAACACCCUCAGGUUUUGGUUGCAUUGUCCUGGAGUCCAGAUGGUAAACGAAUGCUGAGCGGAUCCCGCGAUGGGAUGGCAGUAUUCUGGGAUAUCGAGAGCCGCAAAACUGUCCUGAAAAUCAAAACGGGACAUGACGUCCUGUUCACAGUCAAAUACUUGCCAGAUGGGACAAGAAUUGCAACGGGCGGACUCGGAGAAUGCAGUCCAAAUCUGGGACGCAAAGACAGGCGAGCUGCUUAACACGCUCAAACACGACGAUGAUGCAGCAACUGCGGGUUUGACAUGAUAUUCGACACAACCACCUGGCAGGAGAUCGCCGUGCUUGAGGGUCACAGUCACUUCGUCAACGGCUUCUCCUUGUCUCCGAAUAAUCGCAUCCUUGCAAGUGCAUCAGAUGAUAAGACACACAAAUCUAGUGUACAAUCCGCAGCCUUUUCCGCUGAUGGAAAACUGCUAGUCACUGGUUCCUACAACAAUAUCCACACAUGGGACAUUCACGCCAUCCUCAAAGAAGCUGGCCUUGAAGACCUCCUUCAACCUUUACCUGAUGUUGCAGCUCAAGAGUCAUUCAUGGAUGCGGAUGCUACACAGGCUGAGGAUGAUGAACUUUCGCCAGGCUUUUUCAACGAUGUGACAGAUGGUGCUUAUUCCUCCAGAACGUAUGGUAACCAUCACCGUUCCUCUUCCCGCCGUCCCCGCACUCUCGCACCCUCUUUGGGAAGUGUGAGUGCGCUCAUCCGUCGCCUUUCGUUGCCUUUCCGCCACUCUCAACCCCACACCAAUGAAGAAACCAAACUCCCGCAACACUCAGGGCGAGCUAUCUUUUCUCGUCACCGUCCUCGUGUAGUUGAAGUUGCUGCAGUAAAGGAUAGAGAGAAAAAACACAGCAGCAAAGCCAAUCGCACGCCCAAGAGUCGUCCACGACACCGCCUGCUCCAGUUGCUAAUCCUACCACACCACGUGCAGGAUAUGCGCAUUCACUACCCAUCCGAUUGUUGGGUCAUCUCGUGCUUUUUCUCUGCUGCGCAUCUCCUCAACACGUCAAUGGAAAUGUACAACCAACGCAGCAGCAAGAUCAAUUAGGAAGUCAAGCCCAGCCCCAGGCGUCGUCAUUGCAGACUCACCCUGCCGCCGCCUCGACAUCCACGAUACUUCUUGCUCCUGCGACUAGUCCUAUUACGCCAAGUGCAACAAGCACAUAGCCUUGACCUCUUCCAAUGCGAGCUUGUUUCGAGCUUUUUUUGUGCGUC